CGCGUAAGGAAAUUUUGUAAAAUUCAUCAAUAUAUAUCACCAAUUUCUUUUCUUUUUUUUCUCUUCCAAUUCAGUUUCGACAUUUUCUCGCGAUUCGUCUCGGGUUUUGUUGGUGAUUGAGAAAAACAUGGGAGGUGACAAAGACAAAGGGUUUCAUGGGUACCCACCCGCUGGAUACCCACCGGGUCCUGGAGCUUAUCCACCUGCUGGAUACCCGCCACAACAAGGUUAUCCUCCACCACCUGGUGCCUACCCACCCGCAGGUUAUCCUCCGGGUGCAUACCCACCUGCACCUGGUGGAUACCCUCCAGCUCCUGGUUAUGGUGGUUAUCCUCCUGCUCCUGGUGGUUAUCCUCCUGCUGGCUAUCCUGCUCAUCACUCAGGACACGCAGGAGGUAUCGGAGGUAUGAUUGCGGGUGCUGCAGCUGCCUAUGGAGCUCACCACAUAGCUCAUAGCUCUCACAGUCCUUACGGACAUGCUGCGUAUGGUCACGGAUUUGGCCAUGGACAUGGCUACGGUUAUGGUCAUGGUAAGUUCAAGCAUGGGAAGCACGGAAAGUUCAAGCAUCAUGGAGGCAAGUUUAAACAUGGGAAGCAUGGGAUGUUUGGAGGAGGUAAGUUCAAGAAGUGGAAGUGAUCUAAAGACCUCUUUGGAUCUAUAUCUCUUGACUGACCAAAUGUUUCAAAUAAACCCCAAAAACUAUAAGUUAACUUUCGUUGGUGUAUAGAUCGCUGGUUCGAAUUGGAAUAAUUGAGACUUGAUUGAUAUGAUAUUUUAUGGUGUACUAUGAAGCUAUCUAUGGCUUUAUAAUGAACAGAUUCUGGUUUUUAAGAUUUUAUAUAUUUUGCCCUUGUAUC